CAAUCCUGCAUCUCAGUAGGGUUGAAAAAAUGUGUUAAGGUUUACGAUGGAAAUAUGGCGACACUCGCUGCUGCUGAGAAGUGCUUCAACUUUCAUUUUGAAGCAAUGUUACUUCUGACGAGAGCUGCAACAAAAAGGAUAUAGACCAACGACUGCACCAGGCUUGAUUUAUCAGUGGACGACCUGCCUCAAAUGCCUCCCCCUGCCCCCAGCUCCCUGCUCCCUGCAUAGCCAGGAUGGAAAGCCACAUUGUCAAUAGGAUGGAACCUGAUGAGUAUUGUCUGUUCUGAUGAAGAUGUUGCCCAGAUGCAUAUAAAAAUUGAUGUGGGAAUACUUGGCAUGCAAAGAGCCUUUGAGAUUUUUGACAGCUGCACUCUCAGAAGCCUGGUUUCUUGGGCUUGAUUGUUUCUUUCAUUCAAGUGGAUAUAAAGUAGUGCUGCUUUUGUUUGCAGUGGGACUAGCAUAACGCUGGUGCUUGCGUGGAAGAGGAUUGAGCAUGCCCUUUCAACGACCAAUCCGAAUGGGCGGGUUCUGGAUGGCCAUGUGUCCGCGGCUAAGCCUUAGCGCUAGCCUGGAUCUUCCAUUCUUGUGUUGGAUAGUGAGCUUGGUUGUGCAUGCCCAUUUGGCCGCUUCUCAAAAACUGGACGAGAUGGACCCGGUUGUAACUACAACUUAUGGCAAAGUUAGAGGAUUCAAAAAAGAACUGAACAAUGAGAUCCUGGGACCCGUCAUCCAAUUUUUGGGCGUUCCCUAUGCCGCACCCCCUACAGGGGAGAGGCGCUUUCAGCCGGCUGAGCCCCCUAUCCCAUGGUCAGAUAUCCGUAACGCAACCCAUUUUGGCCCUGUCUGUCCCCAAACCUUACUUGAAGGCAGACUACCAGAUGUUAUGUUACCGGUUUGGUUCACCAAUAGUAUUGAAGUGGUGUCAUCCUACGUACAGGACCAGAGUGAGGACUGCCUAUUCUUAAAUAUAUACGUGCCAACAGAGGAUGGUCCUCUUUCAAAGAAACAGAAUGAUGAUUUAGCUGAUAAUGACGGUGCUGAGGAAGAAGACAUUCGUGAAAGUGGCAGCCCCAAACCAGUGAUGGUUUUCAUCCACGGAGGAUCGUACAUGGAAGGCACAGGAAAUAUGUUUGACGGAAGCAUCUUGGCCAGUUACGGCAAUGUCAUCGUCAUAACCGUAAACUAUCGGCUCGGUGUGCUCGGUUUUCUGAGCACAGGAGACCAGGCAGCCAAGGGUAACUACGGACUUCUCGAUCAAAUCCAGGCCCUGCGCUGGACAAGUGAAAACAUUGCUUUCUUUGGGGGUGACCCUUUACGCAUUACUGUUUUUGGCUCUGGGGCCGGUGCCUCAUGUGUCAACCUCCUCACUCUGUCCCAUUAUUCUGAAGGUAACCGUUGGAGCAAUUCAACCAAAGGUCUUUUCCAGAGGGCCAUAGCCCAAAGUGGCACAGCUUUGUCCAGCUGGGCUGUCAGCUUUCAGCCAGCCAAGUAUGCCCGUAUGCUGGCCAAGAAGGUGGGGUGCAACCUCAAAGAUACAGUGGAAUUGGUAGAGUGCCUACAGAAAAAACACUACAAAGAGUUAGUAGAGCAGGACAUCCAGCCUGCACGCUACCACAUCGCCUUUGGACCUGUCAUUGAUGGUGAUGUCAUCCCCGAUGACCCUCAAAUCCUCAUGGAACAAGGGGAGUUCCUCAACUAUGACAUCAUGCUGGGCGUCAACCAAGGCGAGGGGCUAAAGUUUGUGGAACUAAUUGUGGACAAUGAGAAUGGUGUCCAAGCCAAUGAUUUUGACUAUGCUGUGUCAAGUUUCGUUGAUGAUUUAUAUGGAUACCCUGAGGGGAAGGAUAUUCUGCGGGAGACAAUUAAGUUUAUGUACACUGACUGGGCUGACCGUCACAACCCAGAGACCAGGAGAAAAACCCUGCUGGCACUGUUCACAGAUCAUCAGUGGGUGGCGCCAGCAGUGGCCACGGCAGACCUCCACUCCAGCUUUGGCUCCCCUACUUAUUUCUAUGCCUUUUACCAUCACUGCCAGACAGAGCAGGUUCCACCCUGGGCUGAUGCGGCGCAUGGUGAUGAAAUCCCCUAUGUCUUUGGGCUUCCUAUGAUUGGUCCAACUGAGCUUUUUCCAUGCAACUUUUCCAAAAAUGAUGUGAUGCUUAGUGCAGUAGUAAUGACAUACUGGACCAACUUUGCCAAGACUGGUGACCCCAACCAGCCAGUUCCACAGGAUACCAAGUUCAUCCACACCAAGCCUAACCGCUUUGAGGAGGUGGCCUGGACACGUUACAACCAGAAGGACCAGCUAUACCUGCACAUCGGCUUGAAGCCCCGUGUCAAGGAACAUUACCGUGCUAAUAAGGUCAACCUAUGGCUAGAGUUGGUCCCUCAUCUCCACAGUCUCAACGAGGUCACGCAGAUCGUUUCCACCACCACUAAGCUGCCUCCACCUGAGGUUACUCCCCGUACACCAAAGAAGAUCCCAGUCAACACUAAGAGACCCUACCCUACACCAUUCCCCACUGAAACACAGGACAGCCACAACCAGAACCAGAAUCAGCCCUUCCUGGUGGACCAGCGGGACUACUCCACAGAGUUGAGUGUCACCAUCGCCGUUGGUGCCUCGUUGCUCUUCCUCAACAUCUUAGCAUUCGCAGCACUCUAUUACAAGAAAGACAAGCGGAGGCACGAGGUUCACCGACGUUGCAGCCCGCAGAGGACCACCACCAAUGAGCUGCCUCACACUCAAGAGGAGGAGAUUAUGUCUCUACAAAUGAAACACAGCGAUCUGGAGCGGGAAUGCCGAGACUCCAUGCACCCGCAUGAGGUGGUCUUGAGAACUGCCUGCCCCCCGGAUUACACACUCGCCAUGCGACGUUCACCAGAUGACAUUCCACUCAUGACGCCAAACACCAUCACUAUGAUACCCAACAGCAUGCAGGGCCUCACCUCCUUACACCCCUUCAACAGUUACUCCAGUGGACAAAAUAACACCCUACCCCAUCCACACCCUCAUGCACACUCCACCACCAGAGUAUAGCCACACAUAUUCACACUUAACCAUGAACACUCACACACAUUCACUCCCACAGAUGUGGAGUGCUAAUGAAUGGACUGAGGGGGCAGCACUAAAUGAGGAAUAUCUUUUCUCCUGGUGUUCAGAGGAACAGGAAAUAACAAUGCUGUUUUUUCUGUCCUAUAGAGCAAAACUGUUGUUUUAUAAUAAAGGGGAGAACAAAAACAGACGAAAAUACGCAAAACAAUUUCUGAUUUAAUGAAAUACAUACAGAGAUGAUUUUUUACUCCUUAUAUUGACUCCUAUAUGACAAAACCAGGACCAUUUCCUGGAAACAACUAUCAGUCUGGGAUUCUUUUGAGGAAUGGUUUGAUUCAGUUACCCUGAGAGGAAACAACGGAAGCACAGAGGAGAUGACGUGUGGGAGGCCCUUUGUAAACAAUAGGAAAUAUAUUGUUUUCCCGAGGCACUGGAUUGUAGAUUACUCUCUUCAGAACAGAGGGGAGAUGCUGCUUAAUUGAGACAUGCAUUCUCCUCCUGGCUGAGGCAUUGUAAGAUAUGGCAUACUUCAAUAAAGGGAAAAAAAGAGAAUGAGAAAUCCUCAAGAAUAUGCACAAUUGAGACAUUCACUGAAUGUCUUUGUUAUUUUUAUUUUUUUUUUUUUUCAAUUUAUUUUUGGGGGAACAAUUUUAUUGUAUAGGACCUAUUUACAUAUCUAGAUAAGACACAAAGCACCCAUGCUCUUUAAGCCCUGGCUGGGGGCGUCAAUACUGAGGAAUCUGCCUCAAGAGCGUAGCGGGAAAUUUAGUGGCUUCCUGGCAGAUACAGCUUCAUCACACAAGUGCUGUCUAUACUGAAAACUGGUGGACUCAAUGGAUAUUUUUAGCACGAUGCGCAUGACAAUUUAUCUGCUUGGUGGCUGUUCUGCUGAUUAAGUCAUUAUUUAAAACACAAAAAAGACUAAUUUCUUCCCCAUUUGGAUUUGUUUAAGGAAAUGCUGCUCUUAUUGGCUCACAGCAAUUGCAAAAUGCUGACAAGGGUGGACAUGGUGGGUUCUGAUUGGAGCCGGUGACGGGAAGGGGUGGUGAUGAGCGAAAUAGAUUGCAUUCGCAAAUAGCUUGAGUGAACCUGUUAUAAGGACUAGUUUUGUACAUGUGUGUUGGUUAAACUUUUUAAAAGUGGUGAAUCACUUGUUGUUUGAGCUCCCAAGUGUGGGACAUUUAAUGUAAUUUUUUAUUUGCUCAUUGGUCUCAGCUAUAAUACAUUGUUUUAUUUUUUCACCUCUUGCUAAUGGUCAAACUACGUUACCUUAGAGAUUUAUUACCUGUAAUAUUUGAUUGCCAUUACUUUCUUUGCUGUACUUUAUGAUGAAGUCCCCACGCAGCUAUGAACAACCAUUUACCAAUGCAGUGAUUAAUUCUGUUUGACUUUAGCACUCUGGAGUCCAACUGGUUGCGCUGUUGUUCUUGCACUGGUAUCCCCUCAUCCAGAACCUGAAUGAGCAACACCAAUGAAUCCCACACUGAAGAAAGGAUGGCCCCUGAUGAAAGAGUGUAUUUGGGCGCCUUCUGAUCCUAAGAAGCCCUUGAUCAUAGUGCUUAAAUCUAACUAAAGGAGAGAAAGACAAGAAAGAAAGAACAUUAGUGAGAAGAGAAAUGGAGAAUAUGUGCAAAAGAGAAAAAGAAUGAGCAAUUGAAUGCGACAGACUGUUGAUGGAGAGCCACUUUAGUCAGUUCUUACCAAGAGAUCAAUGCAAAAGAGUGGUUGCCGCUCAGUAGCUUCAUUGCUGAAAGUUUAACAAGCCUGUUUCACCUGCAAAUCUCUCCAUAAUUGCCAGUUUUACCAAUGUGGUAUUCAAGUCCUCAUUUUGGGUUGUUCUUAAUUAUUUUUCUUUCUUUCUUUUCUUUCUUUUUUUAUUAUAAUUUUUUAACCUUGUUACAUAACAUUACAUGCUAAUGAUCAACACCAACGAAUCCCAGAUUAAAGACAGAAGGGCCCCCGAUGAGAGUGUGUAUUAUGGGGACUUCUGAUCAUAAGAGGCCCUUGAUCAUACAGCUUAAAGCUUGCUAUAAAUAGAGAAAGAAACAGGUAUUAAGAAUCAGGAUUAUCGAGAGAAAAAAAGCCAAGAGGGAUUCUUUUCCAUUGUACACUUUUUGUGGGUAGUCACUUAUGGAGUUUUCUUCCUGUGGCAACAAUGUUGAUUUCUGUGCUACUAAUGGGAAAUUUGAUUAAAGACAAACCUAAGUGAAAAUAGUCAAUGUCCUGAAUCAUAUAAAACGGAAAAGUUUUGAACAUAUCCCCAUAUAACAUUACUUCUCUGUUCUCAGCAUGUAGUACAUGAUUAUGGAAAAACGGCCAUUGAUUGGUGAUGUUGUUCUACCAGAUUAGUAGCUCUUUUGAUUUCGUAUUGUCUCUUCAUCAAACUACCCCAUUCUAACACCAUAUCCAGACCAAGCCCAGUUAAAAGCUGAGCCAUUCUUCUAACCAGCAACCACAAGGAACGACUGGACAAUUUGUUGGUGUUUUGGUUUCUUGUCCUGUGGCACCUUGCUGGGUAGCCCUGCACAUGUUUAAAUAUCAUUGCAUCACAGCAUUUUUACUUUCAGUAAGGAUACCUAGUAGCAACUGGUUAGAACACGGUGGAAUGGCCAAAGCAAGAGUUUCAAGAGCAAGAGACAAUUCCCGUGGCCAUGGACAACCUGGAAAUACCAGGGAAUUUUUAAAUUGUGAUUUUUCAGACUUGGAAAAGUCAUGAAAAUUAAUAAAAUCCUAAAAUGUUACUGAAAUUUCUUUAGUCAAUUUAAAUUGGUCUAAUUGUCUUUUAAUCUGUCUUUUAAUCUCUUUGCUUUAAAAUAUUUUAUUAGCCAGAUAUUGCACUUUUUUACAGCAAUCUCUAUAAAAUUAUUUAAAACAAAACCUUACUCACUAAUCACAAACAACUGUAAAAGUCACAAAAUGUUGGUGGCAUUACAGCCUUAUAAGUCUGAAGGUUAUUCAUCAAUAGUUGUUGAGUAAGGACUAUUGAGGGAAGCCAAUGAAGGGAAUAAAAAUGAACAAACGGUGCUGCUCUUCUCUUGAUCAUCUUGUGACACACACCAUUCCUAACAUGUUCCCAUUCAGAAUACAGUCUCCUCUGGGUCUCCUCUUUGUUGUUCCUUCACCUAUGACAACUGUACAGAGAGAGCAUCACAGCGCUGUAUGCCAGUCUGUAUUUGCAGGUAUGCAUAUGCAAAGUCUGCCUGCCCAUGUGUCACUAAUGUCCUUUGAACAACAUUCAAAUUUAAUGAACUGUACACCGUUGGGGCGCUCUUAGGAUUUGUCUUGUGCAAGCACAUGUACCAAGAAGAGAUCUGGGAUUCAUCUGAAAUUGGAGAGAUUUCCACAUCUCAGUAUGUUUCACACACACAUACACACAAAGAUGCACAUAUACUUGCAUACACACAUGCCAGGAUGAGCCUUGUAACUGAAUGUAAUGCAAGAUUGAGGGCCAUUUUCUUACAAACAGCAACCAAAUUUCAUUGUUUAUUUUCUACUGGCUGACCUUGAAAGAAGAUCAAAAUGACUGUUUAUGAGAACUACAGAGGGUUGUUGUAAUGUAGAUUAUUUGUCAUCUUGUCUUUCUUUCUGGUUAAAUAGGAUUUAAU